AUGUUAAAGUCACGAACGCUUCAUGCCGUAUUGGCGCCUAGCAGGUGCACCGGCAAGGUCAACGCCUUACGGGCAGCGCCGCUAGUUCAGAGCGGCUCCCGUCGCCGGCUUUCAGCCCCUCGUGCUGGAAACUCGCUGCCACUAGAUGGCUACCGUGUUCUUGAUAUGACGCGGGUAUUGGCCGGUCCGUACUGUACUCAGAUCCUCGGCGACCUCGGAGCCGAGGUGAUCAAGGUCGAGCACCCUGUCCGCGGGGACGACACAAGAGCGUGGGGGCCGCCGUACGCACCCUACCUACCGGAAUCGGGACACGACGGGCCCGGCGAGUCGGCCUACUUCCUAGGCGUGAACCGCAACAAAAAGUCCAUCGGCCUCUCGUUCCAGCACAGAAAGGGCGUCGAGCUCCUCCAUAAACUCGUCGCCAGCUGCGACAUCCUCGUCGAGAAUUACCUCCCCGGCGGGCUGAAGAAGUACUCGAUGGACUACGAGACGCUGCGCGCCAUCAACCCUGGACUCAUCUACGCCUCCAUCACGGGGUAUGGGCAGACGGGCCCUUACUCGAGCCGCGCGGGCUACGACGUCAUGGUCGAGGCCGAGUUCGGCCUCAUGCACAUCACUGGCGCGCGCGACGGCGCCCCUGUCAAGGUGGGUGUGGCCGUGACCGACCUGACUACAGGGCUGUACACGAGCAACAGCAUCAUGGCGGCGCUGCUGGGGAGGGGAAAGACGGGCCGGGGCCAGCACCUUGACGUGUCCCUCAGUGAUUGCCAGACGGCUACGCUGGCCAACAUCGCCAGUAGCUGUCUGAUAAGUGGAGAGAAGGAUACCGGACGUUGGGGGACAGCUCAUCCCUCCAUCGUGCCCUACCGCGCCUUCAAGACCAAGGACGGCGAGGUCCUCUUCGGCGGCGGCAACGACCGCCUCUUCGGCCUGCUGUGCGACGGCCUCGGCCGCCCCGAGUGGAAGGACGACGCCCGAUACAAGACCAACGCCGACAGGGUCGCCAACCGCGCCGGUCUCGAGGCUGAGAUCGAGGACGUCUCGAAGCAGAAGACCACACAGGAGUGGCUCGAGGUCUUUGAGGGUCGCGGCAUGCCCUAUGCCGCCGUCAACGAUGUACAGGGUACCCUGACCCACGAACACACCAAGGCCCGCGAUAUGGUCAUCGAAGUCGACCACCCUAGCUGCGGGCCGAUCAAGAUGGUCAACACGCCCGUCAAGUACUCUGAGGAACAGCCGCGCGUGCGUCUGCCCCCACCGACACUGGGUCAGCAUACGGAUGAGAUUUUGGGUGGGGACCUGGCCAUGGGGAAGGACGAGAUUGCGGCGUUGCGCGAACAAGGUGUCAUUCGGUAG